CGCUCAAUUCGUGUGAACGGCGUUUGACUGUGCGAAUGCCCGAUGUAAAGACUACCGCUCGUUCAACUUAUUUCCAUGGGGGAAAUUCCUGUCUCUUCUUCCCAAUGUUGGUGGUUGGAAGUCCGCCACAGCCGGCCAGUUGGAGAAGUGAGUUCAAUCUCGAUAGAGCUGAAAAUAUCACUGGAUAGACGGAUCAUAUGUGUUGAAACUGUCAAAUUGAAAAUAAAGAUCAGUGAUUGAACGGAAAACCUAGGCCGAUUCUUCAAAGUUUGGUGUCAUGAACGUGAAACGAAAGCCUUAUGGUCUCGAACGUCGUGUAACGCCAGGUUGUGUCCUGGGUACCAACGCCAUCCUGGAUCGUGUCGUAGGUUGGUCGUCGAAUCAAUGAGACGAAGUUCUCGAGAAUCUCGAGAUCCCCAGUGUCAUUGUCGAGGAGGGCUUGUUCUACACCACCCUCGCCACCAUUGCUCAACUUGAGCUCGGAGAGUUCCUCGUCCCUAAGGAGGGAUUCAUAUCCCAAGAAUUCUGCACCAAAUCUCCGAGGAGCAACACAAAUUGACAGCACUGAUUCGCUGUGGUGUCGACGUAGAUCUUGUACCGUGCAGCUCAGUUCCUCUGGUAUCCCAUCCGAUUUUUUAGUGGAUUGGCACUGAGUGCCAAACGAACCCAACCCUUGAAGGACAAUUCAAGUGGACUUACAAACAGUAGUGUACCAUUCGAUACAUUUUUCAGAAUCGAUCCCCGAUAUUGAGAAGCGGGUGUAAGAAUACUCACUCAUAAGACGCGCAAACGAUCUGGCACGAAUUUUAUGGCGAGUUUUGGAGCUGUUGUCGUGGCCAUGAUUAUUGCCUGAGUGUUGAGUGAACGAGAACCAUUGGAGCAGAAUUCGCACAAUUUGUUGCCUCCAUCCUGACAGUGAAUCGUGAAUUGUGAUUUAUUCCCUGGGAAUCGCUUCAGUGAAUCUCCCCCUGGCCUUUUGCCUCUUUGGUUGUUUUUUGGCGUUCCCAUUGGGCUUCAAGAGCUGAUUUCAUUCUUGGAAUCCGGACGGAUUUCAGAGCCAAACCAACCGAGAACCAUUGAAAGAAACGCUUGUGUUCCAUCUGUACCAGCGGAAAAGACAAAUCUCAAACAAAGUCAUCUUAAACCACGGCAAGCAACAAACAUGAUUUGCUCCAUCAACCGUGGCCUUGGCUGUAAAGGCCCGUCCCUUCUCAGCCUAUUAAUCGCAUUCAUCCUAGUCACAGAAUAUACUUGGGCCAUCAAGCUGCUGAAUGUGGUAAUCCCGCCUCACGCAAUCCGGGGUCAAAAUGCCAAGCUGCGUUGCAAUUACGAUAUGGAGGGCGACAAACUCUACUCGAUCAAAUGGUACCGCAAUGGACACGAGUUCUACAGAUUCAUUCCGACUGAUAAUCCGAAAACGACCAUUUUCAACGGCAAUGGGAUAAACGUGGAUGAACACAAAUCCACGGAGACCGAAAUCAUCCUUCGAAAUGUUGAUCUCAGCACGACGGGUCAAUUUCGUUGUGAAAUCUCCGGGGAGGCUCCUCUAUUCCAGACCGCCUACUCCGAGGCCAUCAUGGCUGUUGUGGACCUACCUGACGAGGGUCCCAUCAUCUCGGGUGGAUUUCCCCGAUAUAACAUUGGCGACAAAGUCAACGUGAACUGCACCUCAUUCAGAUCCAAACCCGCAGCCAAACUCAAGUGGUAUAUCAACGGUGAACAGGCCGAUAAAGUCUUUGUCAAGACAUACGAGGUUACCGAGGAUAACGAUGGUUUAGAGACAAGCACCCUUGGGCUCCGUUUCAAAGUGCGCGAGAAGCACUUCAAGAAUGGGGAUUUGAAACUCAAGUGCACGGCCACGAUUGCCACCAUCUACUGGAAGAGCAACGAAGAAUCUGUUCAAGGGGUUCGCACCCAAUCAGCAUUAGCCUCUGAGAGUCGGACUCUCAGGAACUCCGGAACUGCCACACAUUUCAUCGAUGCGGCGGGAUCCUCGGGCAAUGGCUUGGUGACCUUCGCGUGGUCCGGUAUUUCCAUACCCUUCCUUACUAUUUUGGCAUCUUUAUCCUUUGUGCUCAUUUUGGCCGACGAUGGGAGUCGGCUAAGAGCCUGAUGAUUCGUCUUUUCCCUCGGUCUUCCUCCAACCACCGUGGUCCAAUCCCAAUCCACCACCACCACCACCUUUGUUUUCCCUUUUCCGAUAGACAGCCCCACGUCCCCAUCUCAUAAAAAUCGUCACGAAAUUCAGAGGAGACGUUCAAAUGCGAUGUCGGCCCUGCCACCACACACUUCACCUCCAAUGUACUGAUAUUGACGAAGCCAUCAGCCAUCAGCCAUCACCAUGGACUCGUCUCCGUCUGUUUGUUUGUUUGUUUGUUUGUUUGUGCAUCUGUCCGUUUGCCUGACUGUCAGACCAACAGACAAUCUGAUGAAAGGAUGAAGGACAGGGCAAAGUCACACCCACCCACAUUCAGUCGCAGUUCCUCAAUCAGCUAGCUCUCAGGUCAAAGUAGCAACCAUCUCGUGUACGUCAGAGUGACACCAACCAACUCGAUCGCAGUCAGUUCCUAAAAUUGGCAUUCCUGACCGGUCUUUUCCGACGGAAGAGGCCUGUGGGUCCGUCCCGUGGCCAAAACGGAGGGAUAGAUGGAUCAAGGAUUCGUUGACUUUAUCCAAGAACUCAUUCAAACGUGUGACUGCUUCCAGGCCCUAAAGAAAAUUCCCCCAUCCGAGAGAGAAGAAAAAAAAAUGAAAAUAGCCGUCAAAGUUACGGGGAUGCCAAACCUAGGUCUGAAUCUGUCUCUUGCAAUUGUGAAUGAGGUCAGGUUUGGAAAAUGAGCCAUUUGGCUUCCGUCUCGCUCGUUUCCCUAUGAUUCCCGUGGGUGAUUCGGAGCCAGAAAAAAGGAUGCGAUUUGUUGGUUGCCGCUGUCGCCGCUCCCAUAGUCGUAAUAUCAGCAGCACCGGCAAAAACAUUCGAAUCCCUUGGAGCAAUGGUCUUCGAAGUAUGUAGGAAGACGUAGUAGCGUUUGUAGUAACAGCAAGAGCCGCAGGCCUCUUGGUAGUCUUUGUCGCCGAAUUUGUUGAGGAUGGAGCAAACGCUGAAGAAGAACAAGCACUAGUACAUCUUGCCAGAUUCAUCCAGAUGGUUGCCUCGCAACGAAUGAAACCUCCUCAAUGCCUCUACAUCCUACUAAGAGCGAAGCCAAGCCAGAAUGGCACGUGGAGUGAAAUUGGCAAUUGCCUCUCUCUUUCUUUCUUUCGUUCGCGUUUGUCCUCGUGCAAUGGUUAAAUGGAAAGUUGUUCCCUAAAAGAGCUUCUUCCUUUCUCGUCUGUCAGAACAUCGAGGGGGCACCUCAUCGGGGCAUGGGGCCCCCCUACUAAUACUCCAUUGGCCCCCGCUGGUCCACUCUUACGACGUAUUUCUUUGUCUUACCAUUUGAGGCUUGAUUUCUCAACCAGUAAAGGGCCCUUUGGGAGUCAACCGUGCACACAAAUACAUUCUCAGUCGUACUUGUGUAGUUAAUGUCAACGUCUUCUCUAGUCAGCCCAUCGUUGGGACUUUGUGCUUGGGAUGUGGAAUUUGGCCAUUCCAAACGACCCCGACCGAAAAGUGGUUCAAACCAAUUGCUUUAGUAUUCUAGUCACUUGCACUUGGAAAGACUUCAUUAGACUCAAGAGGGCCGAAAAAAAGUCCAGGAAGAGAAGAGAAAAAGAGAGAGCAAGAAGAAAGAGAACUCAUUGACUCGUCUCUGACCUAAACCUCGAAAAUGGAGGACGAAGAAAAAGAGACGACCCAGGCGACGAGCGGGGAAUUCGACAAACGCCUCACUAAAUCUUCUUAACUAACCGCUAACCUCCUCCACCUCUUCCUUCUCAUUUUGCUCAUCCACCACCAUAGCCACUGACUUUGCCACUGCCACGGACUACCAUGGUCGUCAUCAUCACCUUCAUCGUCAUCAUUUCCAUCUCGGCUUUGGUGAGGAAGAUGAAAGGAAGCUGGAAGAGGUCCAGAGUAUUUGAAAUGAGAGACCAAAGCCCUCAAGUGGAAAAAAACCGUCGAGGAAUUCAGAAAAGUCAGCCUUCGUUCAACUGGUGAGUGUGGUGGGUUCGCUUUACAAAUGGCGUUUCAUCUCAAUCUUGGAUGGUCAGCAAAACCCGGCAAAUCUCCCGAGUUCUUCUUUCGUCCUGGGCAUCCGUUAACGAGCCUUGGCAAGUAAUUAAUCAUGACAAAGGCCUCUUUGAGUGUGGUGGUUUGUUUGGAGAAUUGCCAAUCCCAACGUUCUCUCAUCCCUCCGUGGAUGGAAGAAGUCCAUUCGCCAGCCCAAAGCUGAAGAUAUUUCGUUCCCUUUUGUGGGGCCUCGCAUGUUCUUCUUUUCUUAAAUUAUUGGUCAAACUACGCAAGUUCCAGAUGGUGGCACCCACAUCCUCAUCAGCUAUGGAUCCCUCCCUCUCUGGCUUCACCACUGCUAAAGACCCCAAAGGCAAUAUCGGCCUGGGUCUGGUAUAAAUGAUGGUACUUACACAUGGCGCUAGUGGUGGUGGUGUUGGGGCUUGCGGUGCUAAGAGAACUAGUAUCUGUGGUGGUUGAGGUUGUUUCGUUUCAUACGAACCAUUUGAAGGACCCCUUUUCCACCCAAUCUUACCACCACCAAGCAAGGAGCAGUUCCACCCUUGCCAAAGAUGGAACCCCAUGUUGGGAGCUCACCCAAUCUUAACCUCAACACCGACAGAAUCUGGAGAGACGAUAAUGGCUUGCUAACUGUUGUCACGACUCCACACGUGGGUGGUGCCAGUUGUUUCGCCUCGGAAGAUAAUUCACAAGAUGGAACUAUCAGCCAUCGACCAAUACUGGGGCGCACUCUGAAUUGAAUUUUUGGCCAAAACGCAACCACAAUUUGAUCUUGCAUUUUGGUUUUGAAAGACCCAACUCGAGCAUAUUCAAAACACAUUUCGUCUGAGCAAUUAUGAAAAUGAACUCGAUGAGCGUUUCGUGGGUGUUCCGUAUUUGGAACAGUGUGUCAACCUAUUUCAACGUGAGGUUGGCACGAACACCUGAAAAAGAAGGAAAAAGAAGAUGUUUGUUUCCUUUCUUACUCUGGUUAUGAUAAUAGUCCUUCUUAUUCCUCCCUUCCUUCCUUUCUUCCUUCCUUCCUUCCUGCCUUCCUUCCUUGGUUGGUUGUUCCAAUUUGUCAUAUUUUUCAAUUAGAAUUCAACGCCGUUACUUGUCGUCGCUUGAGCUUAGAGAGAGAGAAAGAAAGAGAAAACCAACAAUCCAAGUGGAGCAACGCGUUUGGGACCAUGGAAUCCUCUCGACUCGAGCCACAUUUAUCUGUAUUUAUGUACGUGCAUGGAUACAAGUGGUGUUCUCAAACAAUAUUCCUAACGAGUUGUUGCUUCCCAGAUGAAGAAGCAAAUGAGAUCAGAUGAUAUUUCCCAGACAAGAGCCCAGUUUCCCUCCCCAACCAGCCUCCCACUUGAAAAUGGCUCCAAUUUAUAAUCUUGUAGUGGUACCGACACCAAUACCACUACAAAAAAGUACCGCUAUUAUUGUCUUUGUUAAAAUUAGGUUUGCUUUUCCGCUAACCAUGAGUCUUCAUGGCCGUGCCUCAAUCAUUAUUACUGACAUGUUUUCAUUCAGUUGCUAUUUAAUCCAAGAUCAUGUAAACUCGCGCAUUCUUAGGCCCUCCCUCAUUCGUCAAUGGGCGUGUGCAACUGUGCAUGUAAGUACAUUUACAACAUAAACAUAUAAAGCGCUUUAAUUGAACAAAGGCAAGAAAGAACGCAAGAAUCAAAUCAAACACGUCAAGUGAACCCUAAAAGCUUUUUCUACUCCUUCGAUUCCUGGAACAAUUCAAAAUGUCCCCUGCCUCCCUCAAUGUUAAUGAUUUGCUUUUCUAGAACUCUCGCGCAUAAUACAUACAUCUCUUGUCAAAAAAAAAAAAUGAAGCCAUGUUCAGUUGAAAUUUCCUCAUUUACCAAUUAUCUGUGAUAUUGAUCCUUGUACUGCAUACAAAACAUAUGAACUCUCGAUCUAUUCACCCCGUUAUUCUGUGGUGAGGAAUGACUUGGUUUUUUCCGAACUCUCGAUUCGAUCAAUGUUGAAGCAGUCCUCCCAUAAAGAUAAGUUUUAGUUUCUUGUCAUGAAUUUCGUUCUCAGUGUCGUGGUAUGUAUAAUAUUGUAUUAUUUAAUAUGAUUACAAUUAUACAAAGUCGAAUAAAUUUUGGAGAAAAUGAGAA